UUCUAGUGCUCUAUAGAUAUGCCACUGCUCCUCUGCUCUUUGCAACGUGCAAACCAGUAAAGCACUCUCUGCAAGUAGUAGCGUCGUAGUGCUCCUCCCUCCGCGACAAUGGCCGGAGCUGCGGUGCUUCCCAUUGCGUUUUUGCUGUGCCUUGCGCUGGCAGGCGGCGCCGAUGCGGCAGGGAAGGCGGUCGGUUUCUACGAGCUCAAGAACAAGAAGGGGGAUUUCUCCAUCAAGGUCACCAACUGGGGAGCGGCUCUCGUGUCUGUCGUCGUCCCCGAUUGCAAAGGGAACUUGGAUGAUGUUGUCCUUGGGUACGACACCGUUGCUGCAUAUGUUAAUGGCUCUGGUUCUUUCGGGGCGACGGUCGGGCGCGUAGCCAACAGAAUCGCCAACUCUCGCUUCGUGCUCGACGGGAAAGCAUAUCGUCUCUUCCGCAACGACGGCAACAACUCGAUUCACGGCGGCCAUAGGGGGUUUGGAAAGGUGAUUUGGACGGUGAAGGAGUACGUGCGCGACGGUGAUUCUCCAUACAUCACCUUCUUCUACCACAGCUUCGACGGAGAACAAGGAUUCCCGGGCGACCUGGACGUGUACGUGACGUACCAGCUCUCCAGCCCCUACGUGCUGAGCAUCCGCAUGCACGCGACGGCGCUGAGCAAGGCGACGCCGGUGAACCUGGCGAACCACGCGUACUGGAACCUGGGCGGCCACGGCAGCGGCGACGUCCUGAAGCACGAGCUGCAGCUGCUGGCGUCGCGCUACACGCCCCUGGACAAGUCCAAGAUCCCCACGGGCCAGAUCGCGGCCGUGUCGGGAACCAUGUACGACUUCCUGGCCCCGAAGCCCGUGGGCAAGCACAUGGAGAUCGUCCCGGGCGGCGGCGGGGGUUACGACAUCAACUACGCCGUGGACGGGGAAGACCAGUACGCGAUGCGGCGGGUGGCGCGCGUCAGGGACCCGGCGUCCGGGCGGGCCAUGGAGGUGUGGGCGAACCAGCCCGGGGUGCAGCUCUACACCAGCAACUGGGUCAUCAACGAGAAGGGGAAAGCCGGGAAGGUGUAUCAGCAGUACGGCGCGCUGUGCCUCGAGACGCAGGCGUAUCCGGACGCCGUGAACCACCCCGAGUUCCCGUCGUCCAUCGUCAGGCCCGGCCAGGCGUACAAGCACGACAUGGAAAUCAAGUUCUCCGCCCACUAGGCCGGUUAUCGCUAGUUGGCAGCAUAUGGAUGCUUAAUUAACUCUUGCGUUUUUUCGUUAGUUAGUUGGUGUUCUCUUGUGGCCUCGUGGCCUGCGUUGUAACGUGUUACUACUAGCUCGGGGAAGUGAUAAGGUCAACGUACGCGCCAAAAUCAAAAUGUGAGGAUGUGAGAUCGGAGGUUGCUAGCUGCGUUUUGACUGCCUUAAUAAAAAGCUGCUUCAGCUGGAUUGUGCCGAAAACUUUUGGCAGGUUGUGGUCACAGUAAAAGAGCUGUUCUACGGUA